AUCAUGGUGGAAAUGAAGGACUAUGAAGGGUCUGAGGUGGAAUUUCAAUAAAAAAGUGCAACCUAUCCACACAUUGUUGGAAGAAAGUGAUUAUCCACGGGAAUAACAUGUAAUAAACGGGGGGAGCCUGCCAAUCAGGAUUUUAAUCAAGACAGUGCUUUUGUUCUCUACAUUGAAUGUUCAUGAUCCAGCAGGAGAAGCCGCAGCUGGCCGGCACCAUGCCCGUGGUGUGGCCAACCCUCCUGGACCUUGGCAGGGAUGAGUGCAAGAGGAUUCUCCGCAAACUCGAGCUUGAGGCAUAUGCAGGAGUUAUCAGUGCUCUUAGAGCCCAAGGAGACCUGACUAAAGACAAGAAAGACCUCCUUGGAGAACUCACUAAAGUCCUCAGCAUCUCAACCGAGCGCCAUCGUGCUGAGGUCCGCAGAGCAGUGAAUGAUGAACGCUUAACUACCAUCGCAUAUCACAUGUCUGGACCCAACAGUUCUUCGGAGUGGUCUAUCGAGGGACGCAGGUUGGUCCCUCUGAUGCCAAGGUUGGUCCCGCAGACAGCAUUCACUGUAACAGCCAAUGCCGUUGCCAGCGCGACAGCCCAUCAGAACGCCUCUCUCCUGCUUCCUGCUGAAACCGGCAAUAAAGAAGUGGUGGUUUGCUACUCCUAUACAAGCACGACCUCUACGCCCACCAGUGCCACCGCCCCCAGUGGCAGUGCCGCAGCGGCUGCGGUCAAAUCGCCCCGGCCAGCCAGCCCCGCCUCCAAUGUGGUGGUCUUGCCCAGUGGGAGCACAGUCUAUGUCAAGAGUGUGAGCUGCUCUGACGAGGAUGAGAAGCCGCGGAAACGACGGCGCACCAACUCCUCCAGCUCCUCCCCCGUGGUGCUGAAGGAGGUCCCCAAGGCGGCCCCGCCCAUCUCUAAGACCAUUACCGUGCCUGUCAGCGGCAGCCCCAAGAUGAGCAACAUCAUGCAGAGCAUCGCCAACUCCCUGCCGCCCCACAUGUCCCCCGUCAAGAUAACCUUCACCAAGCCCACCACCCAGACCACCAACACCACCACACAGAAGGUGAUUAUUGUGACAACCUCUCCCAGCUCCAACUUUGUGCCCAACAUCCUCUCUAAGUCCCAUAACUACGCUGCUGUGUCCAAGCUGGUGUCCACCUCCAUGCUGACGACCUCCAGCCAGAAGCAGACUGUGGUCAUCCCGGCCAGCUCCAGCCCCUCGCCGGUCCCUGCGACGGUGGCUGUGACCACAGUGGUUUCCUCCACACCUUCGGUGGUCAUGUCCACUAUAGCCCAGGGUGCUUCCUCUGCGGCUGUCAAAGUGGCUUCCGCCAGACUUCCUUCUCCGAAGACACUGGUGGGCUCCCCGACGCAGAUCUUGGCCCAGUUCCCGAAGCAGCACCAACAGUCCCCUAAGCAGCUACAGCAGGGCUCCCCCAUCGCCUCCUCGCUCAGCACAGCCCAGACCACCACCACCCCUCCUGGCAGCAAGCCCACCAUUCAGAUCAAGCAGGAGUCAGGAGUGAAGAUCAUCACCCAGCAGAUGCAGCCCAGUAAAAUCCUUCCGAAGCCCUCCACCGCUGCCCUGCCCAGCAGCAGCACCUCACCCAUCAUGGUCGUCAGUAGCAACGGGGCAAUCAUGACCACCAAGUUGGUCUCCACACCUACAGGUACCCAGGCCACCUACACCAGGCCCACAGUGAGCCCCACUAUUAGUGCACGAAUGGCUGCUUCCCCAGGGGGAGCUACCUAUGUAAAGACAACCAGUGGCAGCAUCAUCACAGUGGUGCCCAAGUCCCUGGCAACACUGGGAGGCAAGAUCAUCAGCAGCAACAUUGUGUCUGGAACAACAACUAAGAUAACCACUAUUCCCAUGACGUCCAAGCCCAAUGUCAUUGUAGUGCAGAAGACAACUGGAAAAGGAACCACCAUUCAAGGACUGCCAGGGAAGAAUGUUGUCACCACAUUGUUAAACGCAGGGGGGGAGAAGACGCUACAGGCGGUUCCUGGGGCAAAGCCAGCCAUCAUCACUGCCUCUCGGCCCAUCACUAAGAUGAUCGUCACCCAGCCCAAAGGCAUGGGCUCUGGGGUGCAGCCUACCACUACUACCAAGAUCAUACCUACGAAGAUAGUGUACGGACAGCAGGGCAAAACCCAGGUGCUUAUCAAGCCCAAGCCUAUGACCUUCCAGACCACAGUGGUGAGCGAGCAGACCAGGCAGCUUGUGAGUGAGACCCUGCAACAGGUCUCCCGGGUCACAGAAGCAGUCCCGGCCUCCACACAGGAGGGGGCACUGAAGGACGAGACACAGCCCUACACCGAGAGCAGUCCCCCUCCCCCAGAACCCUCACACAGUUCUCACGAUUCACAGCCAGUACUGCACGUUAUAACCUCUAGAGGGCAGGAGUGGACUGAGCAUGAGGUAUCUGUAGAGGCCAGCCCAACAAUUAUAUACCAAGACGUAUCGGGGGAGUCCCAGUCCGCUACUUCUACCAUUAAGGCUUUGCUGGAGCUGCAGCAAACAACAGUGAAGGAGAAGGCAGAGUCCAAGCCUAGACAGCACACCAUUGACCUGAGUCAGAUGGCCGUUCCGAUCCAGAUGGCCCAGGAGAAGAGGCAGUCGCCAGAUUCCCCAGUACUGGGCACGGUGGAGCCCGAGCUGGGCGCAGAGUACAUCACAGCUGGUAAAUCCAGCAAGGCCAGCACGUCCUCUGGGACCAUUGGUGGAGGGGCGGAGGUGGCUCUCUCCUCCAGCCAGCAGCACGGAGUGACCUCUCAGACUGCAGGGCAGCCUGUGGUGUCCAAGUCCGUUCCAACGGUGGCAGUCACUCGAAUUAUGCAACAGGCUGCGGCCAGCCAGGUGAUCCCGAGCAAGGUGACCGAGGAGCAGCCGAUGGAGGAGGGGGAGCUGGAGGGCGACACGCUGGAUCCGCAGACGGGCCUUUUCUACAGGUCGUCCCAGCCCGCCGCCCAGCCCCCGCCGCCGCCGCAGCAGCAGCAGAAAGCGGUGGCCGCCGCGCAGCCAGAGCAAGCCAGGCACGUGCCUCACUCCACUCAGCCGUCGCCGAGCAAGCCUGCGGUCAGCCAGCCGUCCUCCUCCAAAAAGGCUCCCCAGCAGGAGCCGCAGUCGCCCCAGCCCAAGCCCUCGGCCCCGCCACAGGUGCAGCAGCAGCAGCAGCACGUGGUGCUGAAGGAGAGGCCGGCCGUGGCCUCCGGCUCCCAGGCUGUGGUGCAGGUUAUCGCCAUGAAGCCUCCUCACACUCCCCAGCUGCCCAAGCUGCAGCAGGCGCCCACCUCCCACAACAGGCCCAUCCACACCCAGCUCUCUCAGCCCCCGCCCCUGCAGGCCCAUCACCCUGUGGGCUCCGACAAGCCUUCUCCCAGCCAGGUGCAGCAGCCCAUAAUCACCCAAGGGGCCACGGUGACAAAGAUCACCUUCGGGAGCCACCAGUCGCCCCCGGUGUCCAGCAGCGGGGAGGCGGCGGCCAAGCUGCUGCCAGAGUCCAGCUCAGGGCCUGGGCAGUCGACAGAGAAGUCGUCCGUGUCGGACAUCCUGAAGAUCUCCAUGAUGGAGGCGGAGAUCGACCCCGGAGCGGAGCCCAUGGUGGUGGACUCCUCCAGUGACUGCAGCUCCUUCAGUAAAGGCUUGAGCGCCUCUCAGGGCCUGGUGUCUGGGCAGCUGAUCAGCAGCUCCGGCUCCUCCCUGCACCACUCCGGCCUCUCCAAGUCACACGGUCAGUUCGCCCGCAUCCAGGGCCUGACGGCUCAGAAGAGCAAGGACGUGGACGUCAUACAGGUUAUCCCACAGUAUUCAAUCAUGCCAGACUCGAGCCAGUCAAAUGUGGUGGUGGAGCCCAGCGGCUUCCUGGAGAUAACUAACUACACCAGCCAGCGCCUGGACGAGGAGAGCGUGAUGGAGCAGGAAGUGGACAGCAGCAACGAUGAAGGUGCAGCUGUCAGCCCAGGACAGGGUUGCGCUGACCAAUCACAGUGACCCCCC